GCAUUGCAAUCUCCCACAAUGCACCUCUGCUGUCACAACAACACUUCGCCAUUUCAGGGGGGGCUCUAACUCCCGCGAAGGAAUUAGGUCAGUCAAGCGGAGGUGCCAGGCUCUGGCUGUUUCUUCAUUGAAAACAUCUCUCACUUCGUCUCUUUUUUACACCCACAAGGCUUCGUUCUUGUGUUCAGAUGCGUUUUACCCGGCCGAUGCGGAUGAGUUUUUCUAGUGCGGGCCCGGGCUGAAGCGUCAAAGUCAGUUGGAUUUCCCUGCUAACAGCCAGAGAGCUAGCUGAGUGUCAACAACAAGGUAAGAUAGUUGUGUUGUAGUUAGGUAAACUCACAAAUGUGUCACAAUGAAAUGAGACUGGAGCCAUUCUGUAGAUUAAGUUUGCUCCAGUGAAGGAUUAAGUGUGCUGUUGUAUAGUUAGUGUGUUUACAGCUAGCGUAAACCGUGCUAACUAAGCUACAGUAAUGCACGUUAGUACUGCGCAAGUUCAGUCUGUGUUUUAGGGCAACUUAAGGGAUUGUUGAAAUAUUCAGAUCAUUCAUUUUUCCUGAACUUAAACGCAGCUCCGCGAGUUACAGAGUUUGAAUGUUUUGCUUCCGUCUAACAUCAAUAUGUUGACGGGUACCUGCUGAAGCGUGGCCUCUGGCUAAUGCAGCGUACCGUAAUAUCACGCAACAGCAGCAUUUCCUCUGAAAUCUGCAGCAUCAGAGCUGAGAUCAUCAUGAAUGAGUAAUAUUACUUUAUCUAGACUGUUUUCUUCAGUGUCAUAUGAGACAGUUUAACAUUUCCUCUGCACGUAAACACCAAUCUGAGAGAGAAAGAGAGGGGCACAUGUUAACAACGAUUACACAUAAUAACAGGUAAUAAUGAAGUGCAGGAAGGGCCACUUGUUCAAGCAGAUAAAGUUUAGGUGUUUUAAUGCGAAGUUUUAAGGUGAUUUGUUAAAUGUAGAGAUUUUUAAUUGAAUAAGUGAACAGAAGAAUACAACUUAAUCCAAACAAACCUGAUUAUACAAUAUAUACUCAGAUUUGUUAGAAGAGUGGCGUUAAAUAUGCCCUAUUAUUAAUUUAACAAAUACACCAAACCGUCUUGUACUACCAUGAAUUUCUAAUACAGAUGAUCUGAUAUUAGUUUUUCAACUGCUGAUGCUGAUAUUAAGAGGCCAGUAGCUGAUAUGUAAUACCAAUAUCAUAUUGAUUUUAUUUAUUUUUCUACAAUGUAUCAUUCACAUUAACAAACAAAACAAAACUGCUGAAUUUGAAUGAACAUAAUAUAACUAUUAGCCUUCUUUGGCGUUGGCUCAAUAUAAAAAACUUGCCAACUUAAAUCAUUAAAACUGAGAAAAUACAAAAACAAAUCAAAAUAAUUAGAUAUUCAUUCUUCUGUGUUUGUAUUACACUCUUGCGUUAUGCUGUGAUUUGUAGCUCAUGACUAAUGUUUACAUCUGAAGUGGCAUUGAACUGCAUUAUCCUACGAGUACAUCAGGACAGACUUUUUAGUUAACAAAAGUCAGUAAAGAUGGCCUUUCAAAAUGCCAUCAAUCAGCCAAAUUAGUUGGCCGAAUGCAGAUUUUAAUACUCUAACAAUAGAAAGGUCAUCUUGCUGAUUAAUUAUGUAAUUUAUGACUAUGAUUAUAGUUAAAACGAUGAAUUUUGAAGAUAAAGAAUCUUGUUUACAUCUUCAGUCAUGAUGUGCCAUGCUAGGGUGUAUAGGUUUGUUUUCGUUUGCCUCUUGUGCGAUGAAAAAGACAACAACUUUUAACAAAUCAACAAAUUUUAAAAGUUCAGUUCUCCAUAUUUGAUCAUGUUUUACUCUAAAAUGGUAAAUACUCUGCUAACUCAUUAACAUACAACCAACAUGCACUCGUUAAACAGUAUUUGUACGAUCAUAUUGUGAAUUGAAUUUGCCAUGCUGUGGUACAUUUUUCUUUUGCCCUGUACAUAUUUUACUGGUUACCAGAUCAAGUAAUACCAUUUCAAUGAGACGAAUGAGCCUGUUUGGGUUUCUAGUCACGGUGUGUCAUGUAUGCUUGCCAUCAUCUGUGCAAUCACGAUUCAGGUUGCUGGCAUUUGUUGGUACUUGCCUCUUGACUCAUCUUGGUCCUUAAAAGAGAUUUCAUAUGUCCGUUCAUUCAGAGUAAACAAGGACUGAGAAGUCUGUACCUGAGUGGGAUUAUCUGAAGUUAGCCACUAGUUCAUGCCACAUAUGGUAUCACUGUGCUACCUUGUCUGGAUGAACAGAGGCACCUUUUUUUCUGCCUGAAAUUUGUAAUUGGUGAGUUACUAAUUUUACCACAGUAUAAGUAUUUUAAGUGCAGUUGUCAGGUUUUGCAAGGCUCAAGAAAAGAAUGUGUUUUUAGGCAUAGAUAGGUUUGAAUCAGUCAAGUUACUCAUAUCCCCAGGCUGAAUAAGUGAUAUCUAUUCUGAAAAGUAGGAAUGUGUAUGUAAGUCACUAUUACUCCCAGGAUGCCUACAAGAAUAGGGGAAUUUGUCCUUGGACACCUGAUGGAUUUAGUUCAGUUGAUUCAUAACCCUGUAGAAAAUGGUAAUGUUGUCUGCUUUGUCGUUGAAGCGUCAAUACAAGCUCGCUAUCUCUAUUUCUCAGGAUGAAGAGGGUGAAAGGAGGAGAGGAGGGCAGCAACGGCUCCUCCAGUAAGAGUCCACCGGAAGCCCGCAAGAAGGUUCGCAAGCAGAUGAGCGAGGAGUCAGAGGCUUUGGUCGAGGCCAGUCAGUCCGCAGACGGCGACUGGGCCAGACUGCCUCAGGAGCUCCUGCUCCACAUCUUCCAGUAUCUCCCACUGCUGGACCGAGCUUAUGCCUCUCAGGUGUGCCGCGGCUGGAACCAGGCGUUCCACAUGCCCGAGCUGUGGAGGUGCUUUGAGUUUGAGCUGAACCAGCCCGCCAGCUCUUACCUGAAAGCCACACAUCCAGAUCUCAUCAAGCAGAUCAUUAAGAGGCACUCCAACCACUUGCAGUAUGUCAGCUUUAAGGUACGGAUAGAAACCAUGGCAUGAUGCUUUUGUUCAUCAAUGAGUCAGUGCUCUGACUUCUUUGAGGACCAUCAUAUUAAUUUUCCUCUUUCCUCAACUAAACUUUGUUUUGUAUUGGCAGGUUGACAGCAGUACAGAGUCUGCAGAGGCAGCAUGUGACAUUCUGUCUCAGCUAGUGAACUGCUCAUUGAAGACCUUGGGGCUCAUCUCCACAGCCAGGCCUAGUUUCAUGGAGGUUCCAAAGGUAAAGCUAACGUUACCAAAGAGAUGGAUCUGAGGGGGAAUCACAGCUGUUGUCUAAUGGCCAAUUGUAUUUAGAAUAGAAUAUUCCUUUAUUGUUCCCUCAUGGGGGAAUUUUUUUUGCCACAGCAGCAACACAGACAAAGUGCAAAAAUGCCGUUAUAAAAAGAAAGAUGGUGAUAUUAAGAACUUAAAUGUUACAAUUAAGAAAAAAUUUAAAAAAGGAAAAAGGGAGAAGAAAAUAAGACUAUAUACAAUAUAGACAAUUUAAGUACUGGAUGAAUGAAUGAAUAAGGAGAUGAAAAACAGAUGAUGAUGAGGUAUCAGGAUGGUCAUGGUUAAGUAGCUGUACAUGAAUGUUGAUUAUUAAAUAGAUACAGGUGUGAGUCCAGUUUUGUUACAGUUUGUUGUAAAGUCUUAUUGCAGAAGGGAGGAAUGACCUGCGGUAGCGCUCCGUCUUAUGCCUUUUAUAUAGUCGUGUUGUAGAGUUAGCAAGUUAAAUCUGUUGAAGGGAUGUCUUCUCUUUAAAAAAAAUGUCUUAUCUGAGUGUGAGGCUGAAAGCAGCAGUGUUUGUUCUUGUGCACAGCCAAGGACAAGGAUGUAAUUACUUCCAAGGCUUCAGGGCGCAGGAUGUUAUUUUAGCUCCUCUUCGUUUUGUCUCUCAGAUCCUUGAUAUGAACUCAUGACGAUUAUAUGAUUAUACUGUCAGGGGAGUUCAGUGUAUGGGACACUUGGGGAUGUAAACGGAAACCCAAAACCCCUAAUCACAUGUCUAGCCUCCUUGUUUUUUUAUAUGUUGUCUUUAGAGACAGUAGAAUCCUGAAGGACAUUUGCACGUCUGCCACUAUCUGUCACUUUCCCCUUUUAUUGACAAACUCAAUGCCGACAUUCUUCUUUUGCAUGCUUUGGUUGCAGGGAUUCAUGGGAUCUUUCUGAUCCUUGACCUCUUCCAAAAUACUCAACUAAAUUUCUCCAUUGUUUUGUUCUUUUGUGUGCGAAUGAUAAUCAAAGAGAAGAGCUGUAGGCAAAAAGAGACAAAAGCCUCGUAUUUGAUUUAGUUUUUUUUUACUAUAUUUCAUAUCUAAAUGACUCGUAGGUUUCUCCAUCUGUUCAAGAAAUGUAGUGAUACUAAGCCAGACUUUUCUAGAAGCAGGUUUAUCACCGUACACUGCUAGCAAGUUGAAAUCCAGUCAUCAAUCCUAGGGCUAUUAUUUUGACACCAAAUAUAUUGACAUGGGUAAGAUGAUGUCGGUAAUUGUGUAAGUUUUGGUAUCUGUAAAUUUUCAGUUUAUCGCCCAGCCCUAAUCAAUCCUGUACUUCAUAAUGAGACUAUGAGCCCCCGAGUAAAUGCUGUCACAUUUGCAGUUAUCACUAAAAUUUCAGGAGGCAGAGACUUCUCCAUUUGAACCUUUUUAUUAAAAUUUUUGGCACAUAUCUGAUUGUCACACUCAUAGAUCUCAAUUCAGUUUAGAUCAGUGGUUCUCAAGUCUAGUCCUCGAGGCCCACUGUCCUGCAUGUUUUGGAUGUUUCCCUGCUCCAACACACCUGAUUCAAAUGAUCAGCUCGUUAUCAAGCUCUGUAAUGGCUUAAUAACGAGCUGAUCAUUUGAAUCAGGUGUGUUGGAGCAGGGAAACAUCCAAAACAUGCAGGACAGUGGACCUUGAGGACUGGUUUAGAUCAUAAACUUGUAAAAGUUUGUGUGGUCAAAACAAAUUCAAAAAUAAACCUUCAGAAUUAUUCACGCACUUAUUUCAUUUCAUAGCAUGUUGAUUACAGAUAAACUUCGUCAUACUGAUCCUGAGUCACUCGUAAAAACUGAAACCACUGGUGCCAGUCUGUUUGUGCUGAGAGCAGCUGAGCGUCUCAGACAAUACUAUCAUUCAUUGUGUCUUUCUUUUUCCUACAGUCUCACUUCAUCUCAGCCCUGACUGUGGUCUUUGUCAACUCCAAAUCGCUUUCUUCUCUGAAGAUCGACGACACGCCCGUGGACGAUCCCUCAUUAAAGGUGUUGGUGGCCAACAACAGCGACACCCUCAAACUGCUGAAGAUGAGCAGCUGCCCUCACGUGUCUCCUGCAGGUACAGAAGCCCUCUGUCAACAUUUCAGUCCCUCCAUUCACAGAAGCCGCCUUGUCACGUCGGUUUGUUUAUUUAAUACUACUGCUGCUGCUGCUGCUGUUGGAUGAUAUCCAGGGGUGAAUAUUUUCGAGCCCUGCCCGUGUUUCAGUUUCAUUCCAGUGUUUUUGAUUUCUGGUUUGAGUUACAAAGUUAUUCUGAGUGUGUAAUUAAACGUUUGCAGGACACGUUCUAAAUGAGCUGUUGCGUGGUUAUCCACUUCUCCAUCUCUCAUGCUUUUUCCUGGAACUGUUUUUUGAGUUUGGCUUUGAUAUUGACUGCUGAUUUGACCACAAUUUGUCUGGCUCGUAUAAAAGUGCUUUUUAUAGCUGAGAAGGGUUAUUUUUUUUCUCCUUGUUAAUCGCCACAUCUCAGGAACAGUUUGCUUAUUCAAGAAAAGAAACCCAGCUGAAUUUCAUGGCGAGGUAUUUAAAAAUCCAUCUCUGUUUUUCGCAGGGAUCCUGUGUGUGGCUGAUCAGUGUCAUGGGCUGAGAGAGCUGGCUCUCAACUACCACCUCCUGAGCGAUGAACUGCUGCUGGCCCUCUCCUCGGAGAAACACGUCCACCUGGAGCACUUGAGGAUCGACGUGGUGAGCGAGAACCCCGGCCAGCACUUCCACACCAUCAAAAAGAGCAGCUGGGACGCCAUGGUGCGGCACUCUCCGAAAUUCAACUUGGUCAUGUACUUCUUCCUGUACGAGGACGAGUUCGGCCCUUUCUUCAACGAGGAGAUCCCCGUCACUCAUCUCUACUUCGGCCGCUCGGUCAGUAAGGAGGUCUUAGGCCGCGUGGGGCUCCACUGCCCUCGUCUGGUGGAGCUGGUGGUGUGCGCCAACGGCCUGCGCCCUCUGGAUGAGGAGCUGAUCCGCAUCGCCAAGCACUGUACCCAGCUGUCGGCCAUCGGGCUGGGAGAGUGCGAGGUCUCCUGCAGCGCGUUCGUGGAGUUCGUCAAGAUGUGCGGCCGGAGGCUUUCCCAGCUGUCUAUCAUGGAGGAGGUGCUGAUCCCUGACCACAAAUACACCCUGGAUGAGAUCCACUGGGAGGUCUCGAAGCACCUGGGUCGGGUGUGGUUCCCUGACAUGAUGCCCACCUGGUAAAGAGAAGCCAAAGAGGCGCACGAGAGUUUCAAUUUGUGGUGUGGACCGUUUGUGUUUGUUUUUCUUUUUGCGUCAAAAAGCCUUUAAACGCUGAGCUGUAGUGUUCAUAUUCGGUGCCAACUGGGAGAGCUCAAACGUGCUGAACUCCUGCGAGGGGGCGUAGAGACAGAGAGGGAUGUAGUUGUGGCGCCUGACUGCUACACAAUGUGAACAUGUCGUGUAAACACCACAAAAAAAAAUCUCUGCCUGUUAGCUUCAACACGGACUGUGGAAUCCUGCUUUGCUUUAUGUGGAGACGGAACUCGCCACGCCGGCUUCUUCAGCUAAUAAACAGCCAGCGAAGCGAGCGAGCAGUCCAGGGGGAAUAUACGACUAAAAAAAAAAAAAAGCAAUGUUUUAUAACUGCAAAUUGAGUAAUAUGGACAUCGUAGCCUGGGUAUGAUAUUCUAUAAUAUGAGGAGUGAAUGAAUGUGUGUGUGCGUGAGUGUGUGUGUAGGUAUGCGUGUUCUAGUGUUUUGUAAUGUCGUGGAGAAAUUGGGGAAGAUUAGAUGCACAAUCGCAUGUUGUUACACUACCACUCAGCCUCCUUCAAUUCAGAUAGCAGCUCUGCACUCUAACAAUAUUCAGCAUCGGAGGUUUCCACACGGCUUUUUUUGUACAUAGUGUAUGCGACCGGCUGUGUUUGUCAGCUGAAGAUAAAAGGAGGGUUGGGGGCGGUUUUAAACGUGCAGAGGAGCGGCAGGGUCCCACACCAACCUUCAAAACGUAUUUAAGAAAGAAAGAGAAGCAGCGGUGUUUGACGAGAGCUCUGUCACGCUUUGAGGAGAGAGAAAUGUUGAAAAUGUCGGAAGUCAGCCGAGGAUAGAAACAGACACGUGUAUAUAGGUCUCUAUCUUUGUGAUGUGAAGGUGUACAGUGUUGAUUGAUGUCAUGGAUUUUUAUUUUUCGCCAUUUUUUUUUGUUUUUGUGUCCGGCAUCACAAAUCAUAUUGGCUCUACGAAUAGAUUUCUCCGUUUUGUACAGUCAGAGAUUUUCAAAGCACCUUAGAUGGAAAACCAAAUGAUAGUCAGGAAAACUAAAGUCCUUCUGCCAUGAUUUACUAAAGUUGGACUCAGAUUUUAUUGAUAAUUAUUUACCAGGAAAACGCUCAAUCAGAUUCCUGGGACAGUCUAUUGAAUUGAUAAAGAUGAAUAACUAAUAGAACAGAUUUGAUCAUUGAUGUAAAUAUAGAUAUAGUGCACAGAUUUGUCUGAAUUUGGAGGUAGAUAUUGGUGAGUUCCCAGACCUUUAAAUACAGAUUACGUUGUAAUUAUUCUGUAAUCUAGUCCCUGCAGCUUGCAGUGCACUCUGGGAAAAGCAAAACUAACUGUUUGUGUGUCUCAGUUGCAUUAUAUAUUUCCCUGAAUAGGUUUCAUUUUUAUCUUCUGCUAUUUGCCUGUUAAAGCUCUAAAACCUCUUGUGAAUAUCUGCCCUCCCACUCGUAUUAGUCCACAUUUACUCUGUAUCAUGUCACCACUUUUGUGCGCACAGCAGAGGAGGCAGUGUUCAUCUCAUCAUUCGAAACCUCGUCUCUACAGUUAUUGCGAGUUCUUCUGUCCAACACAGAAAUCCAUCCAUUUCAGUCGAAAGAGAUUUGGCAAGUCAGAUGAGUGAAACAAACUUUUUUUCCUUUAAUAAGGAAGUCAAAUGCAUCUGUAUAUAAAACGCUGUGUGUUUGAUUAUUAUGAAUAGAAAUGUACUUAUUUCUUUAUUUCGCCCUCUGUCGGGGUUUGAAGUUUCCUUAACCAACAGCUCGUGUCUUUUAUAAAACCAGAGUGCGAGUUCUCCUUUACUAGAUGGAUCUUUUUCAUACUGUAGUCGCUAGAGAAGAUAGCAACAGCGUAAUUUAUUGAUAUGAAUUCUGCUUUUGUAAAUUUGUGUUUUCAGUCAUACAAAAAAAGCAAUCAAUAUAACCAGCAGCCUACCAGCAACACCUUCAUUUCUGAUCUACAUCUGUGACUCAAGGUUUUGACGCAUGCAGGUUGUCCAAAAGUCUUUUUAAGAGUGAUUUUAACAAUGAUUUUAACCCCCGGUCCCAAAAACAAACAAACAGGAAAACUAAAAUUGACAUUCAAGUGAGGGAAUCAUAGCUUUGGUUUGAUUCUGUACAAAAGAGAGUUAAUGUUCCCUUUCCUGGAUCAUUUCCUCUAAACAGUCAUGAGAUAUAAAUUCGACUGAUUAACGUCAUAACAUAAUUCAAUUCUGCAUCAGAGGACAUUUAACUAUUCAGAAUUUUUGAGCCAAAACUUUAAUCGAGCACAUUUAGAGAUUUGAAUUCAAGAUUAAAUGUACAAGUUUAACAAAAGUUUGACAAGAAUUUGCUCGAACAAUCAUACUGAAGUGAAGUGAUUCUACGACAAGAAAUCAUUUUACGCUGUUGUGUCCAUUUGAGAUUAAAGUUCAAGAGAAUAUUUUAAUUUAAAUCUGUAAGUUUACAAAUCGGACCUGUUUUUGAUAAGAUUUCUUUUACUUACAAGGCUCUUAAAUGCCCCCAUAUCACAAGAACUGAUUACAUGACAUGCACUUGGUUGCACAUUGGCAAGCAUUCGAAUCUUUAAGAAGUGUUAUGGAAAAACUUUUUGACAACACCGCGUGUCAACAUGAUCUGAGAACCACCCUGAUUUAUUUUCUUCUCUCAGCCUUCACUUCUUUUUAAUUUCCAUCACACUGAACAUUUCACUCAGGCAGUCUCAUCAGAUUAAACGGACACAGUCAUCUUGAUCGCAAACCCUCGAGUCUAAAUGAACAUAACUAAAAAUGCCUGUUGAUGUUAUCGGUCUGUUUUCACUGAAUUAGAUACCUGUGCUGAUUGUCUGUGCUCAUGUACAUUAGCAUCUCAGUGGUACCAUAACAUAUCUCCUGAUUCUUUUUCAUCAUUUGUGCAGUGCUGUGGAAGAAGCAGCUCUAAAGUGAAGGUUGUGUCUCAAUAAUACUCUUCUGGAUUUAAUCAUUUUCCUGUCUUUAUUGGCUCUUCUUGAAAGAAACUUAACUACAGCUAUCUUAACCUCAGAGAGUAACUUUGAUUAGGAUUACACUGGUGUUGAUACCGCUGUCCUUUAGUUUUACUCCUGUAUGGUAAAUGCUCUGUCUUCUUUGCUUUACUGCUGGUCACCUGUCCUGAAAUUAAAGUUAUUGGUUUGGACAUGUGAUCUCAUACUGGUAAUAAAAACUUGUGAAUGUACUACUC